AUGUUAACAUCCAAAAUCAGGAGGAAUCACGGUUUUGUCGUAGAAGAAGAAAGAAGAUGUCGAGUGGCUCAAGAAUAUCCACAGUUGAUUUUAUUACUAAAGAAACCAGGGAAAAAGUGUAAAGUUUGGGAAUGGAUUGAUGAAGAACCUGAGAAUAUGAAGCCCAUUGUAGAACAUACUCUUUCAGAUGUUGUAGAUUAUCUUAUACAAGUUUUCGAGGAUGUGGCAUCUGUUAGAGAAGAAGUGAAACAGUUGAAGGUUAUGCAUGUAAUCCCUCAGACAACCUCACUUCAUGUGGACAGUAAUACACAUCUGCAUCUUCCGUUAGUAAGCUUUUCAAGAAAGGGGGUGAAAUCAGGGAAGCUCAUCUUGUUCACAACCGUGUAUGGUACAGAGGCUUUUACUCCAUCAAAAUACAUCAAUGGGGUAGGUGUGAACAUCCCAUUAUAG